GUUGGGCGAUGAGUACAGGCAUGGCGGCGCCUUCGUCGCGCCCGCUCGGCGUCUCGCUGCGCUACUUCCACCACCUCAUCGAAGCCUGCGGCGGUCGCAAGAAGCUCAACGGUCUCACCACGGCCCAAGUCUGCUUCGACUAUAUUGUGCCAUUGACCAAGUCGACCGAGCUCUCGCUCGUCGACCAUCUUGCCAGUGAUGCGUCCAUGCGCCACUUUGUGUCUGAGGCCAACUGUUAUGUCUCGCACGCCUGGCAGUACCUCUUCUUGGAGACCGUCGACAGCCUCGACACCUUCUUCGCCGACCAAGGCUUGGCAGACGACGCCGUCCUUUGGUUUUGCGUCUUCAACAACAACCAGCACCUUGUGCAUUCGUACCUGUUCGAGUACUGGUCGUCGACGUUCAAGACGCAGCUCGCAGCUAUCGGCAACGUCGUCAUGAUCAUGCACCCGUGGAACGACCCGGUCGUCUUGCGUAGGAGCUGGUGCGUCUUUGAGGUGUACGUGGCUGUGACGAUGCAGGCGCGGUUCGAGAUGGCCAUGGCACCCGGUCAACUGGAGCUCCUCGUUCAAGAUAUGCUUCGUCCAGAUGCGCUCAAGGAUAUGCUGGGGACGAUCAAGAGCGAGGCGUCCGAGACCACGGUGCCAAGUGAUCGCGACGGCAUCUUUGAGCUCAUUCGCGCCGAGACGUCGUUCAUGGCCGUCGACCGACUCAUCUUUUCGACUAUUUCGGACUGGAUGAAGCGGACGCUGACGGCGCAGAUCGCAUCGGGUCUCUUGCCACUAGACGAAGCCCACCGUCAUCUCUGUCUGGCCAAUAUUCACGCGACCGAGUUUGAUUAUCCCGCCGUCUUGUCAGCUGCGAGUCGGGCCCGCUUGCUCUUCGGGUCGAGCGACGUCCGCGAUGUCCACUAUGUCCACGUCAUUGCACACGUGGGCUUGGCGUCUUGCGGCGUCGGCGAGCCAGAGACCACGUGGCGCCCAAUCUUUGAAAAUCUCUUGGCCCUGGACGGCUUCGAACCCGCGACCGUCUGCUACGUUCGGAAUGCCUACGCCCGCGCACUGAUCAUCGUCAAGCACGCAGCAGAGGCCUAUGCGGUCUGUUGUGAGACAUAUGCCUUGUCGCUCGUACAUCUCGGGCCGCUGCACACGUUGACGAUCGCGACCAUGGCCAUCCUUGGCAGGUCCAGCUACAACCUCAACGACUUUGACCAAGCCAUUCCGUGGUUCCGCAAAUGCUUGGGCGCGCAGCUCACUCUUCUCGGGUCGGACCACCCCGACACGGUGUACACGCGCGACUACCUCGGGAUCAUUUGCUUUCGCCGCGGCCAGCUCGCCGAGGCCAAGGCGCUGUUUGAAGAGACCAACGCCGUGCGAGCCCGAAUUCAUGGGCCGCUACACGACCAAACGACGGCCGCGCUCUUGAACCUGGCGGUGGCGUGCCACUACCUCGGUGACUUUGCAUUGGCAGAGACGAUCGUUCAACCGCUGUGGGCCCGAGCGUCGACGCUGCCCCCCGAGCGCUACAUCCAUUUGGUCUUUCAGCUCGGCGCGCUCUACUGGGCCAAAGGCGACUACGACAGUGCCAAGCACUAUUUAGAGAUGUCGUUGGCGUGGUGUCUGGCCCAUUUGCCGCCGGGCGACGCCGACACGAGCCAAGGGGCGUCGGCGUUCUACCGGUUCCUCCUCGACCCGACCUUUGCGGCGCACAACCCAACGAGCGACGAGGCGUGGGCCAAGGUCGUCGCCUUCUUCGACAAGAACGAGCUCGAGACGGAAGUGUGGCUCGACGAAUCCUGCUUUGGCUGCAGCCAGCCGAUGCAAGGGCUUUGGUUCGAGUGUUCCACUUGUCCCGCCUUUGCCUACCAUUUUUGCGCCAACUGCCUUCGUCGAGGCAAGUCGACGACGUUCUGCGACCACGACACGUGUGGCUUCAAGUGCUAUGUGCCACCGCGCCGGUACUUUCUCGAGCAAGCGCUCGCCACGCGCGACAAGGCGGCUGUAGCCGAGUACGCUGCGUACUGCGCACAGUACAACGUGGCGGACCCUGUCGUGAUCGAACCGAUGGCGUCUGACGACCCGAUCGCGACGCGCGUGUGGCACCCGAUGCUCUAGCAGAUAUGAGUCUGUUGAGUUGAGAAU